UCUCGCCCCGUUGAAAUUUUCCACAAUAAUUAGCAUUUUCUAAGAAUUAAUUCCGUGUUCUUUGCGCCCUUCAUUUUCUGCAAUAUGAAUAGCGUUUGUUCACCUUACUUUGAUCCUGAUUUCGAUACUCUCCCAGAAAGAAUAUAUGGUCCACCUUGCCAAGUUUGCAUUGACAAUGAAAGCAUGGAAGGAUGCACAGUGGUGAAGGUUGAUAGCGUUAACAAACAGGGUCUCCUUCUAGAAGUGGUGCAAAUUUUGACGGACAUGAACCUUCAAAUAUGCAAAAGCUUUAUUUCAUCUGAUGCUGGUUGGUUCAUGGAUGUGUUUCAUGUCAGAGAUGAAAAUGGCAACAAACUAAGCGACCAGAAAGUGAUUAACGACAUCCAACAGGCCAUAGGAAGAUCAAGAGCCUCCCCACCGUCACAACAAUACACCAACAUCACCGCUACCGCUGCCACCGCUGCCGCCGCCGCCGCCACCAACUCGGUGAUGCCAACAAUCGCCAACUACAAGAGCCACUCCAAGAAGCUCUUCCCCUUGAUCCCCCACCCCAACGACCAACACACCGCCAUAGAGAUGACCGGCGCCGACCGCCCCGGCCUCUUCUCGGAGAUCUCCGCCGCCCUCGCCGACCUCCACUGCAACAUCGUGGAGGCCCACGCGUGGAGCCACAACGCCAGGCUCGCAUGCGUGGCUUAUAUCUCCGACCAGUCCACCGACUCUGCCAUCGACGACCCUUCUCGCCUGGCCUCCAUAGAGGACCACCUCACCACCGUGCUGCGCGCCACCACCAACCCCAGCGGAGGCGGCGCCGCCAGCCACCCCGACGUCAAGACCUCGGAGCUUCUCGCCGGCGAGGGCACCAUGACCACCGUGGAGCGAAGGCUGCACCAGCUUAUGCUCUCCGUUAGGGACUUCGAGACUCCCUCGUCGCCCAAGGAGAUGAAUAAGGGGAGGAAAAGGAUGGUCACGAUUGAAAGCUGCGACCAAAAGGGGUAUUCCAUUGUCAGCAUCGAGUGCAAGGACCGUCCCAGGCUCAUGUUUGACACUGUUUGCACGUUGACGGACAUGCAGUACGUAAUUUUCCACGCUUCCAUCAGUUCCCAUGCAGGUUAUGCAUUUCAGGAGUAUUUUAUCAGACACGUAGACGGAUAUGCUUUAGAUACAGCAUGCGAGAAGGAACGAGUAAUGAAAUGUUUAGAGGCAGCUAUAGAACGCCGGGUUUGUGAGGGAGUUAGGUUAGAGUUGUGUGCAGACAAUAGAGUUGGAUUGCUCUCUGACAUAACCCGAGUACUCAGAGAGAACGGCCUCGUGGUUGUUCGAGCAGAUGUUGAAACGCGUGGAGAGAAAUCUGUGAAUGCUUUCUAUGUGAGGGACAUAUCAGGGAACGAGGUUGACAUUGAAUACUUCAGCAAAACAGUGAAGAGGGAAAUGGGUCCAAUCGUCACGCUCCGUGUCAAGAAUAAUGACACUAGCAGAAGAAAGCCUACUACAGCUACAGCCUCACCUAAACAGUCAUCCCCUCUCUCAUUCGGAGGCAUGCUAAGAUCUAGGAUUGAACGUCUUUCUCAUGGCUUCAUUCUAUGAAAGUCAAGUCUAGAUGAAUCCCAUUUACGUAGUUAUAUGCGUAUAUAAGUAGUUGUAGUUCAGCUCAAUUUCACCUAGUUAUAUGGAUAUGUAAAUGUAUCUAUUAGUAAUGUACGUAGGUUGUGUUCAGAAAUUCUGAAUACCCCCAGCUAUCGCUACCCGCUGGGGGCUCUGUAAAUAAAAUCAUUAUUAUUUUUUUAUAUAUAUU